UUUUUUUUUUUUUUUUUUUUUUUUUUUUGCUCGCCCGGGCGUGCGCCCCCUUCCGUCUGACGCGCCCUCGGCGGCGGCCGCGCAGCCCUGGCUCCUCGCGGGCUCGGGCAGCGGCUGCGGCGCGGUGAUGGCAAGCAGCGGUGGCGGUAACACCGGCGCGGGUGGCACCUCGGGGCUGGGCCUGGGCUUGGGGCUGGGCCUCUGCAUGGGUGAGGCCACCGGCGACGCGGAGGAGGAGGCGGCCGCAGCCGAGGCGGUGGGACGCCUGGCUACGUCCCUGUGGCUGCGGCUCCGUGGCUGGGAGGCGGUGCUGGCGGCUGCACAGCGACUGCUGGUAUGGGAGAAGCCGCUGCACAGCCUGGUCACGGCGGCCACACUCAACGGCCUCUUCUGGUUGUUGUCUUCGUCGUCCCUUCGGCCCUUCUUCCUGCUCAGCAUAUCACUUCUGACCUAUUUUCUCCUGGAUCUCUGGCAUCCUCGCUUUCUCCCUGACGUUUCAGCACCACCCCCUGAAGAACCGCACUCCGACAGUGAGGGUGCGGGGUCAGGCGCCCAGCCGCACCUGCUGAGUGUGCCCGAGUUGUGCAGAUACCUGGCUGAGAGCUGGCUCACCUUCCAGAUUCACCUGCAAGAGCUGUUGCAGUACAAGAGGCAGAAUCCAGCUCAGUUCUGUGCUCGAGUCUGUUCUGGCUGUGCUGUGCUAGCUGUGUUGGGACACUAUGUUCCAGGAAUUAUGAUUUCCUACAUUGUCUUGCUAAGUAUCCUGCUGUGGCCCCUGGUGGUUUAUCAUGAAUUGAUCCAGAGGAUGUAUACUCGCCUGGAGCCCUUGCUCAUGCAGCUGGACUACAGUAUGAAGGCAGAAGCCGAUGCCCUUCACCACAAACAUGACAAGAGAAAGCGUCAAGGGAAGAAUGCACCCCCAGCAGGAGAUGAGCCACUGGCAGAAACAGAGAGUGAAAGCGAGGCAGAGUUGGCUGGCUUCUCUCCAGUGGUGGAUGUGAAGAAAACAGCCCUGGCCUUGGCUAUUACAGACUCUGAGCUGUCAGAUGAGGAGGCCUCUAUCUUAGAGAGCGGUGGUUUCUCUGUCUCUCGGGCCACCACCCCACAACUGACAGAUGUUUCUGAGGAUUUGGACCAGCAGAGCCUACCAAGUGAGCCAGAAGAGGCUCUGAGCCGGGAACUAGGGGAUGGGGAGGAGACAGAGCUGGCCCCUCCUGAAGACCUGCUAAGUGCUCCUCCGGCCCUCUCAAAGCAAGCCCUGGAUACCGAAGAGGAGGGGGCUGCAGACAAGGAAACCUUGCUUCAGCUCUCAUCCCCGCUUCACUUUGUGAAUACGCACUUCAAUGGGGCAGGGUCCCCCCAGGAAGGAGUGAAAUGCCCUCCUGGAGGACCAGUGGAGACCCUGAGCCCAGAGGCAGACUCACCUCAAGCCCUGACUGCUCCUGAGGAAGAAGAGGCACUCACCACUGAGGACUUUGAGUUGCUGGAUCAGGGGGAGCUGGAGCAGCUGAAUGCAGAGCUGGGCUUGGGACCAGAGAUGCCCCCAAAGCCCCCUGAUGUUCUGCCUCCUCCUCCCCUGGGGCCAGACAGCCAUUCUCUGGUACAGUCAGACCAAGAGGCUCAUGCAGUGGUUGAGCCAUGAGCCAUGGCAGAAUGAGCUGCAGGCACACUAGGGCUUCCUAACUAGGCUUGUCACAUUUUCUCCUCUCCCUACCACUCUGGGGAGAGAGAGGCACUGUGUGGGAAAGCUGGCUGUCAGAUGGAAGCCAGCCCACUCUGCCUGCCUGCCCGCCUGCUGUCCUGGGACCUGGUAUAAUACCAAGCCCAGGAUUGGUUUUAUGUCUGUAAAUAAUUUUCCAUUUGGGUUAGUGGACGUGAUGAAGGCGAGGGACAUCCUUCCGUAGCCUGCAGUUGCUUCCCUGCCUCGUCCCUUCUCAUUGUACUGUGUCCCACGCCCUGGUGGUCACCUUUUCUUUCUCUUCCUAUCCUCAGGGACCUGCUGCUCCGCCCUCAUGUCCCACUUGGUUGUUUAGUUGAGGCACUUUAUAAUUUUCUCUACUGUCCCACCUCCCCUUGGCUUUAAGACCCUGCUGUGUCCUGUCCUUCGCAGCCUGAUCCCCACUCUUUGCCACCUCCUCUUUUCUCACAGGCGCUGGCCAAGUUUUAGGGCAGGUUCUCUUCUGAGGAGACUGGGUGGUGUCAGGCCAGCAGUGCUGUGCUUGGGUCACUGUCACCUUGAACCUGCACUGUACCCUUGCCCAGUUCAACCCUCACGAUGCAGAACAGCAGGGUCCCAUAGCACUUUGCCAGCACUGAGGAUGGCAUGUUCUCUCUCCUUUUGAGGUGAGGGACUUCCUUCUGUAUUAGAGAGGAAGAACAAAACCUACUCGUCUGGACCACAGUUGAGACUCCCAGCCAGGGUCUAAAGUGGAUAGUAAGAUCUCUGUAGGUGUUAACUGGAAAAAUAAACUGUUGAUUGGCUAGAACCGCUGCCUGUCUGCCUGCUUGCCUCACUGUGAGCUGUGCUGACUCCCACACUGCACUUUGUCCCCUUCUCUCCCUUAUGCCCUUCAUCCCAGUACAGCCUCUCUUGGUUACUUUCCCUGUAAAAGCCAGAGGCAGGGAUUAUCCUGACAACCCUACCUACUCCUCAGUCGUCUUCCGUGACUGAUCCACAGUGAGAUUUAGCAUGUGUGAAUAAAUUACAUGCUGGAGCAAA